AUGAAACGUAUAACACAAAUUCUCGCUUCGAUUUUCUUCGUUAUUACAGUUGUAACUAUUUAUUUCGGAUUUGAUUUCGCAAUCAAUAAUGCUAUUUCAAAUAAAAAUUCUUCCAAUAAUCGUUCUAUUCAUAAUCAUGAUCAUCACCAUGCUCACGAUAAUCCAAUUGAUGCUAUUAAAAUCACAAAAAGACGUUCCGUAUCACCACCUCUACCAUCUCAUUCAAAGAAAUCUAAUGGAACUAUGAAAGAUCAUAACGAACACGAACAACAUAGUUUAAAUAAUGAACACCGUCUACACAAAAAGAAAAAUUCUCAAGCAGCGCUUCAUGUUAAACCUGGUAGUUUUCAUAAAGGUAAAACAGGUGUAAAACUUAAUAAGCCACGAAAAUCUACUAGAGUACAACGAAAACGUUUAACAACAACAACGCUACCUCAACAUCGUCUUGACAAUAAACAAAAGGUUUAA